CGAGGAAGAGAGGAAUCGCUCUGCUUCGAGCAGAUAGAAAUCCUGAACGCCAGAAAGGUGGAAGACUUCUUCCACUCAUCAAGCUGUGCUGCACAGUGCAACGCGUGAAAUUUUCACGAACUUCACGACACUCCAGCUGCGAUUUAUUAUAACUUUUACGCAAGAAGUAAAAAAUCAUGACAUUAUUACCACCAACACCGACGCAACAAAAACAGAUGGACAAGGAGCUCCCACCUGAUCCGGAAAUGAGAGAACAGGACAUCAGAACGCUUCGAAAAUGGCUGUCUAAGCAGCCACACUUACCAAAUCACAUAGACGACGUCAAACUGGAGAGAUUUCUUUACAAUUGUAAGAACAGCGUUGAGAAGUGUAAAUUAAUCUUGGAAAGAUAUUACACCGUUCGAACAUCCAUGCCGGAAUUUUUCACCGUUCGUGAUCCGCUAUCUCGGGAUAUUCAAGAUUGUGUUGGCGUAGUAGACUACUUCAUCUUGCCAUCAUUAACUGAGGAUGGAUAUCGUGUCACCGUCUUUCGAUUACGCGAUACCAACGUGGAGAAGUUUUCAUUUCAAGCGGUAAUUAAACGUAUUUUAAUGGUACUUGAUGCUCGUUUAUGGGAGGAAUCCUGUUUGUCCAAUAUUAUGAUCAUAGAUCUUGAGGGAUACAGCACGGCGCAUUUUGCAAAAUUUAUUCCGACACAAUCCAUUGUAAGGCGGGCGAUGUUAGCAGUGCAAGAUAGCAUGCCUUUCCGAUUGUUUAGUGUUCAUUUUCUUAAUGCACCGUCGUUCAUUACCAAUAUUGUCAACAUAUUUUAUCCAUUGUUAAAAGAAAAGCUGAUUAAGAAGUUUUACGUACAUAAUGGCGGCGGAGAGGAAUUAUACGCUUAUAUGGAUAGGGACAUACUUCCCAAUGAAUGGGGUGGCAAAGCAGACACUUUUCAAGAAUUAAAUGCUGCUUGGCAAGAGAAAAUGGAAAAGAAUAGAGAUUGGUUUUUGCGAGACGAGAAAUUGAGUCGUACAGACGAGAAUGCUCGUUUACCGGAAUCGAAAACGUCCCGUCUUCUAAUAGAACUUCAAGGACUUCAGGGUUCAUUCCGAAAAUUAAAUAUAGAUUAAUGUUAUUUUUAUUAU